AGAGCCUUAUGUGGUGGAAUGUGGGGACUUGCAGCUCAUGGAACUACCUUGCUUCGAAAAAGUAAAAUAAAUCUACAUUAAAAGACUCAAAAAAGAGGACCUAGGCCAACGGACAUUGCCAUGGCUGCUCAUAUUGGACAUUCCAUUGGGGCCAGCAUGUUUUCCUCAACAAUUGGAAUGCCAUUAAGUGAAGACCUGUAUGGCUUGAAAGAUCUCCCCAAGACAGACCUUCCAGCGCCUCAGCUGGUUAUGCUGGCAAAUGUUGCUCUCACUGCUGAAGUUGGUGGCUGUGAAUAUCUGAAUGAGGACAAGCAGAUGGCGGAGCUGAAGACUGUGGGCAAUAGCUUGUCUGACAGCGAGGUGGAUGAGGAAGAAGAUAAUAAUGAUGUUGAUGAUGAUGAUGAAGGAAUGCCUGAAGACGAAAGUGAACCAGAAACACCUGCAGAAGUUCAAAAAACAGCAGGAUCAGACAAGGACAGCCUUACCACAUCGACCAAAUCUUGUUAUUCAGUGAUAGACUUGCGAGGUAAAGAAAUCUUUGGGUGCUUUGAUGACAAAAGCAAAAGAUCCAAACCUUUCCGCUGCAAGCCUUGCCAGUUUGAAGCAGACAGUGAAGAAGAGUUUGUUCAUCAUAUCGCAGUCCAUAGUGCCAAAAACUUAAUUGUAAAAGAGAAUGCUGUGAAGCCAGCACAUUCCAAAGACCCAGAAGAGAAUUCUGAAGAUGGAGAAAACUGCAAAGGCCCAAUUCGCUGUGACAGAUGUGGGUACAAUACCAAUCGGUACGACCACUACUUGGCUCAUCUGAGGCAUCACAACAAAACUGGUCAUGAUCAACAAGUAUUCAGGUGCACCAUCUGCUCCUACACCACAGUCAGCGAGUACCAUUGGAAGAAGCACCUGAGAAACCAUUUCCCAAAGAAGGUGUAUACCUGCUGCCAGUGUUCCUACUUCUCAGACAGAAAGAACAACUACAUUCAGCACAUACGGACUCACACAGGUGAACGUCCCUAUCGGUGCGUACACUGCCCAUAUUCAAGCUCCCAGAAAACUCAUCUGACCAGACACAUGCGAACACAUUCAGGUGAAAAACCAUUCAAAUGUGAUCAGUGUAGUUACGUGGCCUCAAACCAGCAUGAAGUCACCCGGCAUGCCAGACAAGUUCACAAUGGACCCAAACCAUUAACUUGUCCACACUGUGAAUACAAAACAGCAGAUCGCAGCAACUACAAAAAACAUGUGGAGCUCCAUGUUAAUCCACGGCAGUUCCUUUGCCCAGUCUGUGACUACGCAGCUUCGAAGAAGUGUAAUCUGCAGUAUCAUAUCAAGUCAAGGCACCACGGCUGCAAUGAUAUUACGAUGGAUGUGUCAAAGGUGAGACUGCGGACCAAAAAAGCUGAAGCAGAGAAUUUAUUUGGAGGAGACCUUGAAGAGGCCAAAGAUUGGCAAGCAAAUUCUGAGGAAGAUCAGGAAACACACACAAGUAUGGAAACAGAAAAAGAAGAGAAAAAGGAAGAGGUCCAAAGAAAGAAUCCAGCCAGUUCCAGUACCAGAAAUCAGAUCACUACAAGAAGUCAUAAGUUAAGUAAGGAAAACAGUAAAGCACGCCACAAAGGGCAAAAUACAUCUGAGAAGAAAAAAGAGAAAUCUGAAAAGCUGGUGGUCGGAUCUGAAAAGCUGGCAGGGAAAUCUGAGAAGAGGGUGAUCAAAUCUGAAAAGCCGUUGGAGAAAUCAGAAAAAAUUGCAGAGAAAUCUAAAAGGUUGGCAAGGAAAUCUGAAAAGCUGGUAGAGAAAUCUGAAAAAAUUACAGAGAAAUCUAAAAGGUUGGCAAGGAAAUCUGAAAAGCUGGUAGAGAAAUCUGAGCAACUGCCGAGCAUAUCUAGAAAGAUGGCAGAGAAAUCUGAAAAGACCAAAACUAGAAAAAGAAAGGCAGAUGUAAUGAAUUCUGCUAAAAUGAAAGAGGGUGCUAAAUGUACAUCCUCCAUAGCUGAAAGAAAGAAAAGGAAAGUCACUUUUAAAGACAUCAAUCCCCAAAAAAGAAGUGAUCGGAAAGUCAACCGUGAAAAGUUAAAGAACCAUAUUUCUGAAGAAAAAUCAUCUAGUAAAAGAAAAAAACCCAAAAACAAAGAAAGAAAGAGACCAUCUUGCCCAUCCAGUGUUAAAUUAAAGAGGAACGUAAAUAUCAAGAUGCAGUUGGCAGGGAGAAAUUCAUCUGAAGGAAAAACAAUUGAAAAGGCUGAAACAAAUGAACAUAUGGCUGAUGAUUCGCAUGAUCUUACACAAAUUCAAAACCAGUUGAUUGCAGAAACUAAGCUGACGAUCAUCCAUAAAGGCAACAAGACUUCUGAAGGAGAAGCGAGCGUGCUGGAUGUGGAAUUGAUUGAAGUUCACAGAUACAAAGUAGCCGAAAAUACCAGCGAACAUAAAAAUAUUGUAGAACCUGCCGAGGACCAUCGGUUUGAAGAAGCCAAGACUACAGAAGAGUCAGAGGAUGAACCAAAGGAAGCUGUUGAGAGCCAGUGCAGUGAUAAGCAAGACGAGUCCCACAAAGAGAUGGUUGUUGAGAGCCAGUGCAGUGAUAAGCAAGACGAGUCCCACAAAGAGAUGGCUGUUGAGAGCCAGUGCAGUGAUAAGCAAGACGAAUCCCACAAAGAGAUGGCUGUUGAGAGCCAGUGCAGUGAUAAGCAAGACGAGUCCCACAAAGAGAUAGCUCUUGAGCCAAACGGGGUGGCCAUAGAAAAUGAUUCAAAAACUGCUGAUCCUUUAAAGAUCCCAAAAGUUGCUCUGGAGCUUCCUUCUGUAAAUGGUAAAGCCCCAGUUGAAAGCAUGGACAUGGAGGAGGACGAAGGCAUUCACAGCCAUGAUGGAAGUGAUAUCAGUGACAGUGUUUCUGAGGGGAGCGAUGACUCCGGUUUAAACUCAGGAGUGGGCUCGGCUUCAGAAGUGACGGUGGCAAAAGCAAACCCAGAGGAGACCAGACAAGCACAGGAGAGUUAUGUUUGUAUUUUCUGUGAUCGUAUGUUCGCUGUGGAAGGUGAAUAUAGGAGACAUCUUAAUCGCCACUUGGUAAAUGUCUAUUAUCUUGAGACUGCAGCAGAGGAAGAGGACAAGUAGGUCUGAGGAACAUACAGAAAUAUCUCAGAACGGUGGUGGUGUUGCUGUUGCUUUUCUUCCAUGAGCUGUUGCUUAUGUUUUUUUUUUUUUUUUUUUUUUAUGAAAUAAUUCUGAUUGUAGAAUUAUCAAGUCCAAGACGCCUGUAUUUCAGUCUUGUAAUGAUCUUUUGGAAGUUGCUUAUUUUAGCAGUUGAGUGGAGUUUCAGUUGCUACUAGAUGUUUUGCAACUAAAGAAAACGCAUUCAGUAUCUUGGUUAGUCUUGCAAAUGACCAUUUCACUGAACAGAUUUUUGUUCGAUUUCAAAACAGCCGUACAAAAACCAGUUUAGUUUUCCCAUAUUAUAUAAAAAAAAAAAAAAAAAAAAAAAAAUUCUAGACGUAAAAUGUUCAAUUCGUUUAAAAACAUUUCAACUUUUUUUUUCGUAAAAUAUGCAGUACAGUACGUUUUAGUUGGUUGGUCCUUUAGUGAGCACUCAGAUUCACACAUUAUCUAUGCAGUGUGAUCAAGGAAAAAAAUAUGUAUUUUAAACUUCCUUUUUCUGUUUAGUUUUUCACAAAUUAUGCUUUUUGGUUACCUCAAAUGGUAAACAUCUGUAUGUAUGUUUGUUUAUUAGACUGGUCAGUAGCAACUGCAAAUGUAUAAUUUAACUGAUGAAAUUGUAAAACAAAAAAACAAAAGUGUCAUGGGAUCUAUGUAGCUCAAUUAAUUGUUAUGGUUAAGUAGUUCUAAACUAUGAACAGUACUAUGUUGUUCAGUAUUCCAAUUGAUUUAUUAAAUAAAUCAUUACUUGUUAAAAUACCGUGGCCAGAUCAGUUCUACCCAUAACCAAUUUCUUUUCACACAUAGCCUGUUUUUUGGCCAAAAGAGAAUUAAAUGCAGCUUUUUUUAUUUACAAUUCGUUGAAAGAAAAAAUAUAUUUUUAUUUUCUAAAGCAAACAUUGCAGUGUG